GAUGAUAUUGAUGAUGUCCAAAAACGAGCGUCUUGGAGUAACCCCAUUGAAUUUGUUUUAUCUUGUUGGACGUACGCAGUGGGAUUAGGGAACGUCUGGAGAUUUCCUUAUCUUUGCUAUAGAAACGGCGGAGGAGUAUUUCUCAUCACUUACAUCGUUAUGCUCUUCUUAAUGGGAAUGCCGAUAUUCCUCUUGGAGUUGGUGGUGGGUCAAUAUUCCGGUUUGGGUCCUGAUCAAGCCUUUAGUAGGUUAGCGCCCAUUUUCAGUGGUCUCGGUUAUUGUUGCCUUACGGUUAUCGUGCUAAUAACCAUUUACUACAUGGUCAUAAUAGCAUGGACGGUUUUUUAUUUCUUCGCAUCGUUCACGAAAGAAUUAGGAUUUGGAUCUUGCAUGAAUCAUUUUAACUCGAUAGGUUGUUUUAGCGCAACAGAAGACGGAAAAUGCGAUAACGUCUCAACUUAUUUUAACUUGACGUGCACGCCAAUUUCAAAAAUAUGUCAAAAUCACGGUUUAUCCGAUUUUAAAAACAGAACUUUUUGUCUUGAUAAAGAAGGCAAUCCAAUUCACAUCGGUAACGUUAUUAAUCGGACGUUGGCGACGUACGAAUAUUUUAAUGAAUACGUUUUGGGGCGUAGCGAAGAUAUAUCUUGGAGUAAUUUUGGAAAUUUACGCUGGCAAUUAUUACUUUGUUUGCUUUUAAGUUGGAUUGUGUGUUAUUUAUGCGUAAUAAGGGGUGUACGAACCUCGGGAAAAGCAGUCUAUUUUACAACGCUUUUUCCGUAUGUUGUGUUAACAGCUUUGGUUGUGCAAGGCGUAUUACUUGAUGGAGCCGUCGAUGGGAUUUUACUUUUUAUUACGCCGCGUUGGGAAAAAUUAUAUGACGCCGAAGUUUGGGGUAUGGCGGCAUCACAAACAUUUUAUUCUUUCGGAAUCUCUUGCGGAUCCCUCGUUACGUUAUCAUCGUAUAACAAUUUUAAAAAUAAUUGUAUACGAGAUACAUUAAUUGUAACAGCGGCGAAUACUUUUACGGCGAUUUACGCGGGAAUCGCAAUAUUUUCAAUGAUAGGUUUUUUAGCGAAACAAAUGGAUUUACCAAUUGAUCAAGUAGCAACAGACGGACCUGGUUUAGCUUUUGUUGCUUACCCCGAAGCAAUCCUCCAUUUACCAGCAUCAACAUUUUGGGCAAUCGUUUUCUUUUUUAUGUUGUUCGUUUUGGGUUUGGGGUCUCAAUUCGCGGGGGUCGAAGCUGUUAAUACGGCGUUAUUGGAUAAAUGGCCGUGGUUGAGGAAGCAUCAAUGGAAGGUUACGAUGAUGAUCUGUUUCGUUUGUUUCGUCAUGGCCAUUCCGAUGUGUUUCGAGGGUGGGAUUUAUUUGUUUACUUUAAUGGAAUGGAACACGGCUUCUUGGGCGAUUAUGUUGAUUGGUUUGGCGGAAGUUGUUGCGGUAGCUUAUUGCCAUGGGGCGAAAAAGUUUCUGGAAAAUAUGGCUAAAAUGAAAAUGAAACUUUCAUUGAUCCCGUAUUGGUUUUGGUGGAUCUGUUUCGUUUUAAUAACACCGUUAGCUUUAAUUGGUGUUUUUGUGUUCCAAAUGGUGACUUAUUCGCCGGCGACUUAUGAUGAUUAUGUUUUUCCAGUUUGGGCCGACGUUUUAGGGGUUUUAAUCGGGGUAACGACGUUAGUUCCAAUGCCUAUUUUUGGAAUUUAUACGAUUUAUCAAAGGAAAUACAGGGGAAAAGAAUUGUUUAAGCCGACCAAUUUGUGGGUUUCUCAACUGGAAAGGCAGGAAAAUUUAGAUACAAAUCUUGAUCAUGAACGUUAUUAA